CUCCUGUUCCGACGUCGCUCUGUGCUCUUCCUCCUUUCGUCCGUCGCGUUCGUCUCUCUCCUCUCUCCAUCUCUCUCUCUCGUUGUCUUUCUUCAGCUCGCAAAAAAGCCCCAAAAUUCCCAGAUCUCGUUCCAGAACCCUAAAAAUUCCAAGAAGAUCGAUUUAUCCUCUUCGAUCCGAUCAGGUUACUUGUCACGGCCUACAAAACCAUGGUUCAAAUAUAUGAGCAUGAACUGUGGGAUUGGCACAAUCAACAGAUGGAAUAAUGCUUGCAGCAUGAUCACUCGUUUAAGAAGUCUUAAUGUACCCUAAAUCUUAGUGGGCAGCAUGAACAUUGUCAAGGGUGUGGCAGACCUUAUCCGAAGAACAUCUGGUGGUCAUCCAGGAGAAGCGGCCUCAUGGCAACAAGCCGAGAGGUACUCUGUUCCCUCUCCAAGAAUCCGCUUCAGGGAAACUGGCGAUGAGGCAGUUCUGAAUACACUCUGGGAGAGAUAUACGAAUGCUGUUGAUAAGGAAGAGAAGAGAAAGUUAUUUCAAGUUUUUCUCAUGCACUUCCUGCGAGUAUACAAGAAAUGGGAGCCUGAAUAUACUGUGCAGUUAGCAGAGGCUGCUUCAUCUUCCGUGGAUCAUGCAUCAGGUUCUGGGGAUAUCCUUGUUGGAUGCUCUGUUGGACAUCCUGCUGAAAUUAUCCUUGUCCUGACUCAAGAAGUUCAACGUAUGACUGCUGUAGUAGCAGAUGCACAAUCUGUUCCAGACCUAGCUGGGUCAUCCAUGACCUUGAAUAUUGGUGCCGAAGGGUUGCAUGUCUUGGAUGCUUUGACAAUAAUAACCCGUUCAAUGCACAACUGCAGAGUUUUUAGCUACUACGGAGGGAUGCAAAAGCUCACUGCACUAAUGAAAGCUGCAGUUGUUCAACUCAAAUCAGUGAUUGGUGCAUUUGCUACUGAUGAACAUUUAUCACAUCCAAGUAUAGAGAAGACUAGAGUUUUGCAAAAGAUACUUUUAGGUGUUGUUUCGAUAAUUUCUAGCUUCAUAGAUUUGAAUGCAAAUAUGCACGAGAAGUCUCAGUUGUGCUGCAAUAUUGGGGACUGUCCUGUUCCGAAGGACUCAGCAUCUACAGUAGAUCGUUCCAGUGGCUUGAAGGGUUCUAUUUCUGAAGCAAGGUUCCGAUGGCAGCAGAAGGCAAUUGUGUCAGUGUUGGAAGCAGGUGGCCUUAAUUGGUUAGUAGAGCUGCUACGAGUUAUCAGAAGGCUGAGUUUGAAAGAACAAAGGACAGAGAUAUCUCUCCAGUAUUUAACGUUGAACACCCUCAGGUCAGCUUUAUCUGAAAACCCAAGGGCUCAGAAUCAUUUUAGAAGUAUUGGAGGACUGGAAGUUCUACUGGAUGGUCUGAGUCUUUCAUCAACCAACACAUUAGCAUCAACAAAUACAUUUUAUACUGAUGAUGAGAGAUGUGAGAAUCCUAUUUUUGAUAUUUUCCAGCUCCAGAUUCUUUCUUUGGAAGUUCUAAGGGAGGCCGUAUUUGGGAAUUUGAACAAUUUGCAGUUCAUCUGUGAAAUUGGACGGGUACAUAAAUUUGCGAACAACAUUUGUUGGCCUGCUUUCAUGCUUCAGGAGUUGCAACGGCAGAGGGUAGAGUCACCCGUGGGGGUUGAUUUUCCCAUGGUAAUUUUGGACUCUAGAAGGGAGAUCUCUCAGAGCAGUUCUUCCAGUUUGCAUCAAGCCUGUGGUUCUUCUAACUCACUCAAUUGGAAUGAGUAUGCUGUUAAAUUAAGCAGUGUACUCUGUUCUUUCCUUCUUGCUCUGGAAGACAUUGAAUUCCACUGUGGCCAAGCAUCAGUUGGGCGGAGUGGGACACAAGUCUCUUUUGUGUAUUGGGAGCUUUCAAUAAAAUGGGUAAUGAAGGUUCUUCUUACUCUGUUUCCAUGCAUUAAAGCUUGCUCUAAUCAGACUGAGCUGCCGAGCCAUCUCAGGAUUUUAGCCUAUACACUGCAACAUUACAUCCUUUAUGCAUUUAGAAAGGUUCUUGUUUCUUCACCAACAUUACUUGAAGUGUUCCGGGAACAGGGAAUAUGGGACCUUAUCUUUUCCGAGAAUUUUUUCUAUUUUGGAUCUGCUUUAGAAGAAAUUUCUGGAGACAUCAGUAUAUCUUCGGAUGGUUUUCCGCAAAACUUUGAAUUAUGCUCUAAUUCAUCUAAGGUUCAAGCAAAUCCCAGUGAAAUUGAAAUUCUUCAAAUGGAAGUAAUUUCGUUUGUGGAGUUCGCUGCAACGCUAAAUGGGAAUGCACAUAACCUGCCAGAAUGUUCAGCUCUGUUGGAUGCACUUGAACAAUCUGCUUGUAAUCCUGAGAUUGCAAGUGUUCUUGCAAAGAGCCUGCAACGGAUCUUACAACUUGCAGGUGAACAAACGCUUGCCUCUUUUAGGACAUUGGAUGCCAGUGCUCGUGUGCUUAAAGUAGCUUGCAUUCAAGCUCAAGAAUUGAGAAGAUUGGUAAAUUUAAGCCCUCCAGCCGAGAGUGAAUUCCAUGAAGGGGUUCUGCCAAAAUAUUGGCAGAUCUCUACUUCUGCCAAGACUGCCAACAUUUGGAUUAAAUGUAUGGAGGACUCCCUUGAGCUCUUCACUGAAUAUCUUGUCAUCGCAGAUGAUGCAAGAGGUUUGGUUUUGCAUAAUUCCAAAUGUAUUGAUUGCUUGUUUGAUCUGUUCUGGGAAAAGGGGUUGAGAAAGCAUGUGCUGGAGCAUGUUCUUGGGUUGAUGAAGCUACCUCCAUGUUCGGAGGAAGAUCAAAUUGCGAAGUUGCAGUUAUGUUCUAAAUAUUUGGAAACAUUUACUCGUGCAAAGGAAAGGGAGAACAGUUUUGCAGAAUUAUCAAUUGAUCUGUUGGUUGGCAUGAGGGAUCUGCUUCUGAUUGAUCAAAUGUACUAUCAGGCUUUGUUCCGUGAUGGAGAGUGCUUUUUGCACAUCGUCUCUUUGCUAAAUGGCAGCCUUGAUGAGAGAACUGGAGAGCAGUUAGUCCUGAAUGUCCUCCAAACACUGACAUUUCUGCUUACUGGAAAUGAUGCCUCAAAGGCUGCAUUUAGAUCACUUGUUGGUGUGGGUUAUCAAACUCUGCAGAGUUUGCUUUUAGACUUUUGCCAGUGGAGACCAGGUCUGGGGCUUCUGGAUGCUCUACUUGAUAUGCUUGUCGAUGGGAAGUUUGACACCAGAAGCAUUCCUGUAAUAAAGAAUGAAGAUGUGAUUAUCCUUUUCCUCAGUGUCCUGCAGAAGAGCAGUGAUUCGUUGUGGCAUUAUGGGCUUGAUGUUUUUCUGCAACUGCUAAAAGAUUCCAUCACCAAUCGUGCUUCGUGUGUCAGAGCAGGAAUGCUAGGUUUUCUUCUUGAUUGGUUUUCCCUUGAAGAUGAUUAUGACAUGAUUUUCAAAAUUGCACAGCUAAUUCAGGUCAUUGGUGGGUAUAGCAUAUCUGGAACAGAUAUACGUAAGAUAUUUGCUCUUCUCCGCAGUGAGAAGAUUGGGUCUUGCCAGAAGUAUUGUUCAUUGCUGCUGACCAGCAUUCAGUCCAUGCUAAAAGAAAAAGGCCCUACUGCAUUUUUUGAGCUCAAUGGGAAUGACUCUGGAAUCAUAAUAAAAACACCUGUGCAGUGGCCUUACAAUAGAGGCAUUUCUUUUUCGUGUUGGGUCAGAGUAGAAAACUUCCCUGAGACUGGAAUGAUGGGCCUCUUUAGUUUUCUCACUGAAAAUGGGAAAGGGUGCUCUGCUAUGCUUGGAAAAGGCAAACUUGUGGUUGAGUCUAUCAAUCAGAAACGGCAGAUUGUUUCUUUGGAUCUUAACCUUGUUCAGAAAAAGUGGCAUUUUCUUUGUAUAACUCACAGCAUUGGAAGAGCUUUUUCUGGGGGAAGCCUGCUGCGGUGUUUUAUGGAUGGUGAUCUUGUAUCCUCUGAAAAAUUCAGGUAUGUGAAGGUUAAUGAUGUUUUGACACGUUGUUCAAUUGGAGCAAAAGUAGUUCCUCCUCCAAAUGAAGAAGACAACUCUCUGUUCCCAAUGAAAGAUACAUUUCCUUUUCUUGGUCAGAUUGGUCCGGUUUAUAUGUUUGGUGAUGCCAUUUCUUCUGAGCAAAUCAGGGGUAUAUACUCCCUAGGACCAAGUUACAUGUAUUCUUUCCUUGAUAAUGACAUUACCCUUGCCUCUGAUGGUCCACUUCCCAAUGGAAUUCUUGAUGCUAAAGAUGGUCUUGCAUCGAAAAUCAUUUUCGGUUUAAAUGCACAGGCCAGCGAUGGUAGGACGUUGUUUAAUGUUUCCCCAAUGCUUGAUCAUACAUUGGAUAAGAAUUUGUUUAAAGCUGUGGUUAUAGAUGGGACUCAGUUAUGUUCCCGCCGCUUGCUGCAACAUAUCAUUUACUGUGUUGGGGGUGUUUCUGUAUUCUUUCCACUCUUGACUCAGUUUGAUAAGUCUGAAGAACCAGAAAGUGGACAUCUUGAAUAUACAUUGCUUAGAUCUAUUACAAGGGACAGACUAGCUACUGAAGUUAUCGAGCUCAUCGCUUCUGUAUUAGAUGAGAAUAUAGCAAAUCAGCAGCAGAUGCAUCUUCUUUCAGGAUUUUCAAUCCUCGGCUUCUUACUUCAAUCAGUUCCCCCUCAGCAACUUAAUUUGGAAAUUCUUUCAGCUCUGAAACGCAUGCUUAAUGUUGUGGGAAACUGCGGCAUGUCAGAGCUAGUGAAAGAUGCUAUUUCGAGGAUAUAUUUGAAUCCCCAUAUCUGGGUAUAUGCGGAUUACACAGUACAACGUGAACUUUAUAUGUUCCUCAUCCAACAUUUUGAAAGUGAUCCAAGAAUGUUAGCAACUCUGUGUUGCCUCCCUCGGGUUAUUGAUAUAAUACGCCAAUUUUAUUGGGAUAAAUUGACAGGUCGAUCUGCUUUUGGGAGCAAACCACUUUUGCAUCCCGUGACUAGACAAGUGAUUGGGGAGAGACCAGGUCAAGAAGAACUUCAUAAGAUCCGCCUUCUUCUAUUAAGUCUUGCUGAAAUGAGUUUAAGGCAGACUAUUGCAGCAUCUGAUAUAAAAGCCCUUGUGGCCUUUUUUGAGAGAAGUCAGGAUAUGGCAUGCAUUGAGGACAUAUUGCAUAUGGUUCUUCGUGCCAUUUCCCAAAAGCCAUUGCUAAUGUCUUUUCUAGAGCAAGUCAAUUUACUCGGUGGCUGUCACAUCUUUAUUAAUCUUCUUCGGAGAGAAAUGGAGCCAAUUAGACUUCUGGGUUUGCAGUUUCUGGGAAAGCUUUUGGUUGGUGUUCCAUCUGAGAAGAAGGGACCAAGAUUUUUCAAUCUUGCUGUUGGACGACCCAAAUCUCUUUCAGAGAGCCAGAGGAAAGUGCAUACAAGAUUUCAAUCAAUUUUUUCUGCAAUCUCUGAUAGAUUGUUUAUGUUUCCGCAAACAGACAUUUUGUGUGCCACAUUGUUUGAUGUGCUUCUUGGUGGUGCUAGUCCAAAACAGGUUUUACAGAAACACAGUCAACCUGAAAAGCAAAGGAAUAAAAGAAAUGGAUCCAGUGGCUUCUCUUCCCACUUCUUUCUUCCUCAGACUUUGGUUCUCAUUUUCAAAAUUUUGUCAAGCUGUGAGGAUAUGCGUACAAGAGGAAAGAUCUUAAGAGAUCUACUUGAUUUGAUUGACUCGAAUCCUUCAAAUACCGAAGCUUUGAUGGAAAAUGGGUGGAUAUCUUGGUUAGAGACAUCUGUGAGGCUUGAUGUAUUUAAGAACUACAAAGCCGACUCACAAGUUCAAGCUGAUGGUUCUAUGAAAAACGAGCAGAAUCUCGUGAGAAGAAUAUUCUCUUCUGUUCUUUCCCACUAUAUAUGUUCUGUAAAAGGUGGCUGGCAGCAACUAGAAGAGACAGUGAAUUUCUUACUGUUGGACUCUGAACAAGCAGAUCAUUCGCACCAACACUUGCUUCGGGAUAUUUUUGAGGAUUUAAUAGAAAGGCUGGUAGCAUUAUCAUCUGAAGAGAACAUUUUUGUCUCCCAGCCAUGUCGAGACAAUACAUUAUAUCUGUUAAGACUGGUUGAUGAGAUACUUAUUAGUGAAAGAGGUCAUAAGCUUCCGUUUCUUGAAGGUAGCUUUCCCUCUGGUAUUUCCCCUGAUCACCUGGAAUUGGAAAGCCACAAAGACAUCAGCUCUGCAUCAGUUGAGGCCGUGCAAGGAGAAGUUGAGGGCCAACUUAUUAGAUAUCCACAGGGCUUUAAGCAACCUUUCUCAGAUGAAGAUGUAAUGGAAGAUGGGUGGUGGAGUUUAUAUGACAAAAUGUGGGUUCUUAUUAGUGAGAUGAAUGAUAAGGGACCAAGUAAGAUUUUCCCCAAAGCUUCAACUACAGGGGGACCCUCUUUUGGCCAAAGAGCGCGUGGCUUAGUAGAAUCAUUGAAUAUCCCUGCUGCUGAAAUGGCAGCAGUAGUUGUCUCAGGAGGAAUUGGCAAUGCCCUGGGCGGAAAAUCAAAUAAAUAUGUUGAUAAGGCUAUGCUAUUGCGAGGAGAAAAAUGUCCAAGAAUUGUUUUCAGACUAGUGAUCCUCUAUCUCUGUGAAUCUGGUCUAGAACGAGCAUCAAGAUGUGUGCAGCAUUUCAUUUCACUUCUUCCUUGUCUUCUCACAGCUGAUGAUGAGCAAAGCAAGAGCAGAUUGCAGCUUUUUAUUUGGUGCUUGCUCAUUGUGAGGUCACAAUAUGGAAUGCUGGAUGAUGGGGCCCGUUUUCAUGUUAUAUCACACUUGAUUCGAGAGACUGUUAAUUGUGGGAAGUCCAUGCUUGCCACUAGUAUCUUAGGAAGAGAUGAUUCAUCUGAUUCAAGUAACAAUAUAAAAGAAGCUGGCUCCAUUGACAAUUUAAUUCAAAAAGACCGAGUUCUUGUUGCGGUUGUUGAUGAAGCAAAAUACAUAAAAACUUCAAAAGCAGAUCGCACAAAGCAGUUGCAGGAGCUUCGUUUUAGGAUUGAUGAAGCUGCUUCUGCAGAGCUUACUCAGAAGAAAGCCUUCGAAGAUGAGAUCCAAGCUAGCUUGAUCGCCAUACUCUCUUCAGAUGACAGCAGGAGAGUUGUUUCCCAGCUUGCAUAUGAUGAAGACCAGCAAAUUGUUGCUGAGAAGUGGGUACAUAUGUUUCGUGCUUUGAUUGAUGAGAGAGGUCCAUGGUCAGCUAAUCCUUUUCCAAAUAGUACCGUGACACACUGGAAACUUGAUAAGACAGAAGACAGAUGGCGGAGGAGACUAAAACUGAAAAGGAAUUAUCAUUUUGAUGAACAGCUCUGCCUGCCUCCUGCUACUGCCUCUUGUAAUGACACCAGCCAUAUCAUCAAUGAAGGCCAUUUUCCUGAGAAAAUGAAGCGCUUUCUCUUGAAAGGUAUACGUGGUAUUACAGAAGAGGGAACCUCAGAACCUUGUGAAACAGAAACUGAGUCAAGUGGGCAGGCGGUCGCUAUUCACAGUGAUUCUUCAGAUAACCAGUGUUCAGAGUAUGUGAAAGACUCCAUGGAUCAGAAGGAUAUUGUCCAGGAUAUUAAGGAUCCUUCAUCAAGUACAACAGAUACAGAAACAAGUGAGGUUCUUUUGUUCAUUCCAUGCGUGCUUGUAACACCAAAGAGAAAAUUGGCUGGACAUUUAGCGGUCAAGCCAAAUAUUCUUCAUUUCUUUGGGGAAUUCUUUGUGGAAGGAACUGGAGGAUCAUCUGUCUUUAACAGGUUUCAUGUUUUAUGUAAUCCUGAUACUACCAAGUCACAGAAAGGGGUCAUGAAUUUUGAUGUGGACUUUGAGAAAGGCAAUACUAUUGAUAGCAUUGGCACUAGUUCUGACACUAUGCUUCAAAACCAGCCUAAUAAAAUGAAGCGUCAUCGCAGAUGGCAUGUUUGCAAGAUAAAAGCUGUCCACUGGACUCGGUAUUUACUACGCUACACGGCAAUAGAGAUAUUCUUCAAUGAUUCUGUUGCUCCUGUAUUUUUAAAUUUUGCAUCCCAAAAAGAUGCCAAAGAUGUUGGAACACUGAUAGUUUCCUCAAGAAAUGAAUUAUUAUUCCCAAAGGGAAGUGCCAAGGAUAGGAAUGGAGUUAUUUCCUUCAUUGAUAGACGUAUAGCACAGGAGAUGGCAGAAAUUGCUAGGGAUAGUUGGCGGCGAAGGGACAUAAGCAACUUUGAAUACCUAAUGAUACUUAACACACUCGCAGGAAGAUCCUAUAAUGAUUUGACUCAGUAUCCCGUCUUUCCUUGGGUAUUGGCUGAUUAUUCCUCUGAAAAACUCGACUUUAACAAGUCCUCAACGUUUAGAGACCUUUCAAAACCUGUUGGUGCAUUGGAUUUGAAGCGUUUUGAGGUUUUUGAGGAUAGAUAUCGUAACUUCUGUGAUCCUGAUAUUCCAAGUUUUUACUAUGGGUCUCAUUAUUCAAGCAUGGGGAUUGUGCUUUAUUACUUACUUAGGUUAGAGCCUUUUACAGCUCUGCACCGUAAUUUGCAGGGUGGUAAGUUUGACCAUGCUGAUCGCCUUUUUCAAAGCAUUGAGGGCACAUAUCGGAAUUGCCUUUCUAAUACAAGUGAUGUGAAGGAAUUGAUACCUGAAUUCUUUUACAUGCCUGAAUUCCUUAUGAAUUCCAACUCUUAUCAUCUGGGUGUGAAGCAAGAUGGUGAACCUUUAGGUGAUGUUUCCCUCCCACCUUGGGCAAAGGGCUCCCCUGAAGAAUUCAUACACAGAAACCGAGAAGCCUUAGAAAGUGAAUAUGUAAGCUCUAAUCUUCAUCACUGGAUCGACCUAGUAUUUGGUUACAAACAGCGUGGCAAGCCUGCUGUAGAGGCGGCAAAUGUAUUUUAUUACCUAACAUAUGAAGGUGCUGUUGAUUUGGAUACCAUGGAAGAUGAAUUGCAACGAUCUGCCAUUGAAGACCAGAUAGCAAAUUUUGGCCAGACACCGAUCCAGAUCUUCCGUAAAAAACAUCCUAGAAGAGGGCCACCAAUUCCCAUUGCCCAUCCUUUAUAUUUUGCCCCUGCAUCAAUCACUUUGACUUCAAUCAUUCCUAAUACAACUUAUCCACCAUCUGCUGUAUUAUUUAUUGGCGUGCUGGACUCAAUUAUUGUCCUUGUGAACCAGGGCCUAAUCAUGUCGGUCAAGAUGUGGUUGACAACUCAAUUGCAAUUGGGUGGAAACUUUACCUUCUCUGGUUCACAGGAUCCCUUUUUUGGAAUUGGUUCUGAUGUUCUUUCCCCUCGCAAAAUUGCUGCUCCCUUGGCUCAGAAUGUUGAGCUUGGAAAACAGUGCUUUGCUACAUUGCAAACACCAUCUGAAAACUUUUUGAUCUCAUGUGGCAAUUGGGAGAAUAGCUUCCAGGUUAUAUCCCUGAAUGAUGGCAGGAUGGUGCAGAGCAUCCGGCAGCACAAAGAUGUGGUCAGCUGCGUCACAGUGGCAUCUGAUGGAAGUGUCCUUGCUACUGGAAGUUAUGACACCACGGUCAUGGUAUGGGAUGUUUUCCGUGGCAGAGGCACAGACAAGAGAGUUCGAAGUACACAAACUGAACUGCCCAGAAAAGACUAUGUCAUCGUCGAAAAUCCCUUCCACAUCCUCUGUGGUCAUGAUGAUGUCAUCACAUGCUUAUUUGUUAGUGUGGAGCUUGAUAUAGUUAUCAGUGGGUCAAAAGAUGGGACCUGUAUUUUUCACACCCUGAGAGAAGGAAGAUACGUAAGAUCCAUUCGGCACCCAUCUGGUAGUCCCCUGUCAAAACUGGUUGCAUCUCAGCACGGGCAGCUAGUGUUUUAUGCUGAAAAUGAUCUCGGCCUCCACUUGUACUCUAUUAACGGAAAACACAUUGCCAACUGUGAAUCCAAUGGCCGCCUCAACUGUAUCGAACUCAGUAGUUGUGGUGAGUUCCUUGCCUGCGCAGGUGACCAAGGACACAUAGUUCUGCGAUCUAUGCACUCACUUGAGGUUGUGAGAAGAUACGAUGGAGUUGGGAAGAUGAUUACAUCUCUAACUGUAACCCCAGAAGAAUGCUUCUUAGCUGGCACCAAGGAUGGGAGCCUCCUCGUAUAUUCUAUAGAAAAUCCCCAGCUCCGAAGAAGUAGCCUUCCGCGGAACAUGAAGCACAGACCUUAUACAACAGGAUGAUCCAGAUAUUUAAAACUACAGCACUGAAACAUUUAUUAUCAGCAUUGACCGAUGAUGUGACCCCAAGUUUUCUACUCUGAGAGCACCAACUCGGCAUCAGCUUGGGCCUGGUCAACCCUGGACAUUACUCCAGCAGGAAAGGCGUCCCAGGGCAAUUUACGGCUGUGCCAGUGUAUAUGCACACGAAAAACUCCCCUAAAUCUAGCUUCUGCCAGCUGGUUGGCUUGAAGAUCUGAAGGGCAUUCAUAAAACAUCAUCAAUGUAGCAGACCCCACAUUCUGUUAGUGUCUCCCAGCCCCGCACACUGGGGUGCCCACAUGAUUCUUUCUCAUCUGUAUAUUCUGUACAAUAUGCGUCGGGGUCCCGUAUGGCCAAUUCAGGUGAUCGAAUUCAAUAUUUUCUAAAUACGACUGAAUUGGUCUCAUGUAUGAAUAGGGAGAUACGUGUUGUGUUACAGCAACGGUGAAGUUCAUCCAAGUCAUCUUUGCUGUUUUGAGAUGGAAAGGGUCUCUUUUGAAUUGGUUUUUGUGGCCUGUCUGAGGUAACGUCAAAACACUUCAAUUUUCAAGUGUAAAUGCUGCACUGUAUAACCUGUGGCUAAUGCGGGAAACCCCUGUAUUUUUAUUUUUUUUCCAGAGUAAUAAGCCUGGGCAAUAGGAUGGUUCAUUGGUGGAA